AUGGAUUUGAGCGGCCAUGUUAAUGGACUGGGGAUGGAGUUGUUGAAUCAGUCCAAUUAUAAGAUAUGGAAGACAUGUAUGGAGUCAUACCUUGUGGGAGAGAAUUUGUGGGAUGUUGUUAAUGGUAGCUACACAAGUCCUCCUAUUGACGGACCGAAAAAUAGCAGCGCAUACAAGAAGUGGAAGCAAAUUAAUGCAAAGGCGGAGUUCAUCCUGAAGAGGUCCAUCUCUCACAACUUGGUUGAUCAUAUUAUAAGGUGCAAAUUAGCUCAUGAAAUUUGGAGGACCUUUGAUCGUUUGUUCAAUAAGAAGGAUGAAGCGCGGCUAGAGAUCUUGGAGAAUGAUUUGGCUAACACCAUUCAAGGAUGGGCUCAACAACCAUCCUUGGAGGAGUUUGAGAAAUUGUUAUCAUCACAGGAGCUACUAGCCAAACAGAUGGCUAGUGUGUCUAUCAAAGAAGGGGAAGGAAAUGCUCUUGUUGCUAACAAGAGGAAUUUUAAAGAAAUACAAGAGCGAAGUGGCUCAAGAGAUAUGACACAUUCUCAAUUCCAUGAGGGUUCAAGCUCGUCAAGACAGAAGGAGGAUUCUUCUAAUCAUUAUGGUAAGAAGUAUAUUAAAUGUUACCGAUGUGGUAAAAUAGAACACAUAAAAAGAUAUUGCCAAAACAAAGAGAGCAACAUGGCUCAAGUUGAGAAAGCUGCUGAAGAAGAAGAGGAGGACUGGGGAAGGUGCUUCGUAGCUGAGGCUUGA